CCAGUGCCUGUGCAGGCCACCUGCUCACAGCACCGUCGCUUCCAGUCCCCUCCUUGGGCGUAGCUCAGAGCCUGAGCCUCCAUCUCCUUCCCCUUACACACGCGGACUCCUCGCUUCUUGUUCUGGCUCUGCGUCGGCUCAGCUUUCUAAUACGCUCAGAACCCCAGUUUGGUGUCUUCGUUCAUAGUGUGACUUAAGGACCUUCUCGGUACUGCAUCCCUAGCCUUGUGAACGCAUCCUUGGAAGUAGAAAGCGUUCCGUUUUAGCCAGUUCGGUUGAAGUGAAGAUUUGUUGGGUCUGUGACCCCGACAUACUUUUUAUUUCCUGUGUGUGUCCUUUCUGUAAUUCCUGACUUCAGGCUGUAAGAGGGUGGGACAUUCUGAUACAGGAUGUAAAAAGAUUGGCUUGGUGGGUACCUGAAGUAACUGCUACCAAGCAUCUGCCUUCGGUGCUUGCUCCUGCAGGGAGUGCUCUGUGCCCCCCGCCCCCAUGCCCACCCACGAUGCCCCUGUCCCGCUGGCUGAGAUCUGUCGGGGUCUUCCUGCUGCCAGCCCCCUGCUGGGCACCCCGGGAGAGGUGGCUUGGUUCCCUACAACGGCCCUCCCUGGCAUAUGGGUGUCCAGUCCUGGGGGCCUGGCACAGUGCCCACUGGUGGUGCCAAGUGUGGACAGAGGAGCCUCGAGCAUUUUGCUCCUCUCUCAGAAUGAAUGGAAACCAGCAAUUGGAUGCUUAUAACCAAGAUAGGCAGGAUUUCAUCCAGCACUUCUCCCAAAUCGUCAAGGUGCUGACUGAGGAUGGGAUAGGACACCCAGAGACGGGGGAUGCUAUUACCAGGCUCAAGGAGGUCCUGGAGUACAAUGCCGUAGGAGGCAAGUACAAUCGGGGUCUGACUGUGCUGCAGACGUUCCGGGAGCUGGUGGAGCCGAGGAAGCAGGAAGCUGAGAGCCUUCAGCGGGCGCUGACCGUGGGCUGGUGUGUAGAGCUGCUCCAGGCCUUUUUCCUCGUGUCAGAUGACAUCAUGGAUUCUUCGCUCACUCGCCGGGGGCAGAUCUGCUGGUACCAGAAGCCAGGCAUAGGCUUGGACGCUAUCAACGAUGCUCUGCUUCUGGAAGCCUGCGUCUACCGCCUGCUGAAGUUCUAUUGCAGGGAGCAGCCCUACUACCUGAGCCUGCUGGAGCUCUUUCUGCAGAGUUCUUACCGGACUGAGAUUGGGCAGACACUUGACCUCGUCACAGCACCCCAGGGCCAUGUGGAUCUUGGUAGAUACACAGAAAAGAGGUACAAAGCUAUUGUCAAGUACAAGACCGCAUUCUAUUCCUUCUACCUCCCUGUCGCCGCUGCCAUGUACAUGGCAGGCAUUGACGGGGAGAAGGAACACGCCAGCGCCUUGAAGAUCCUGCUGGAGAUGGGCGAGUUCUUUCAGAUCCAGGACGACUACCUUGAUCUCUUUGGAGACCCCAGUGUGACUGGAAAGGUUGGCACUGACAUCCAGGACAACAAAUGCAGCUGGCUGGUGGUUCAGUGUCUGCAGCGAGCCACUCCACAGCAGCGCCAGAUCUUAGAGGAGAAUUAUGGACAGAAGGACCCAGAGAAGGUGGCGCGGGUGAAAGCGCUGUAUGAGGCUUUGGAUCUGCAGGCUGUGUUCUUCAAGUACGAGGAAGAGAGUUACAACCGCCUCAAGAGCCUCAUCGAUCAGCACUCGGCGCCCCUGCCCCCUACCAUCUUCUUGGAACUAGCAAAAAAGAUCUACAAGAGGAAAAAGUGACCUCGAGAUUGCCAUUGCCGAGCCUGGGAGGGAGGGAUCUCAAUAAAUUAUUGUUAAA